AUGGCGCAAGCUAUAAAACCAGGCCAAAUCCCGCCCCAGAUCUGUCCAACUCCAACACCCUCCAUCUCCCCAGAUUCGGAACGCAACCUCAACCAUCUCUCGACAUUUGCCCCUACCCAGUCUCAGCCUUCUGCAAAGAUUCAUACAUCUCCACACCCCAGCCUUGCCUUGCAAUCAUCCGUCGGCAACUUGCAUCAAGUGACCUACCCCGUCGACUUUUCCGAUAGCUCGACAUUCAAAGCGGCUCGCACCUUUUCAACUAUCUCACCUCCGGAAACCAAUAAACUCAAAACAAAAUGUGCCACACCGAAUACUACAGUGUGACUGUCACCAAUCCUGAUGGUACAGUGACUACAAAGGAGGGCAAUAGACGAAUGGACUGCGAGAAAACGACAUGCAGGCUUUCUGGAUCUUAUCGGCAACCCCAGACCGUUCAGCUGGUUCCUGUCACUCGUCGACUUGCAUAGCGACGACGCACUUGCUGCCCCGCUAACCAGAAUGGGAUUUGCACCCAGUUUCUUGGGUAGAGUGUGCCGGCGAGGUCACCAUGAGAUGUGCUAGGAAUGCUGCUGCUAGAUGCAGGUGUUUUGUUUUCUGUAUGCCGCGGCCGGACUGUGUCAUGGUAGAAUAAGAACAUGCUUUGAAAUCCAAUAAUCCCUUGUAACUCGACUUUGUCCUCACAACCGCUGCUGGGUUGAACGCGCAAGUAGAUUUUUUUUUAUUUUUAGCCUUGCUUUAUGUGUCUUUGCCACGACAAAAGGGUACACAUGAACCAUGG